AUGGGAAGAAUCAAGCUCACAAUAGACUCAAGGCGCUCCUUGGAAUUCGACAUUGGCGCCGCUGUCGAAAGUGACGUUGCAAGAUAUUGGAAGAAUUUGAAGCUAGGUUCGUAUGCGGGGUUCAAUGUGGAUGAGGAUUCCAGGGUCGAAAUAACGCUGGCGGAUCACUUAUAUUUGCCAGAGGAUGAGACACGCCGUUUCGCAAGGAGGAAACAACGCCAAGAGGUCGAAGAAACAAACGGAGACUACCAAUCAAAAACCGAAAAUGCGAUGAGGAUGAUCGGAAGAUGA